UACAGUCAUUGUGGGGUUGUAAAGCUGAGUUGCUAAAAGUUUCCCCCUGGGAGGGGGGAGUGAAGGGACUGGCAAGCCCCGAGGAGUAGAGAGGGCUAGGAGGUAUGGAAGUGUCUCAGAGAAAAGCAGCAAGGUGCAGAGAACAGACCUUAGCUGCUGUAUAGAGGGUCCCUGAGCUGGAAUCAGUAGUAGAUGGUGAGCCUAGGUUUCCCCACCAGUCACUGCAGGAAUGGCACCAUGAAGCAGAAGACUGUCUGAGACUGCUGAAGAGCAGGAACUUUGAUACUCACCCUCCCACCUGAAGGGGAACCACUAUAGUGACUGAGCCGGAGGGCUGAGUCAUGAAGAGGCCAGCUGCAGCUCCUGAGGGUGAGAGAAGGGCUACAGAGGUGAAACUGAUGGGGCAUAACUGCUGCAAGGGGCAUCUGCCUCACUGAGCUAAUCCCCAGAACUGCUAGGAGGCAGCACCAUCUAGCGGAACUCAGAACAAAAACAACCCACAAAUAUUAGUGGGGAAACAUUCUUCCACCUGUGGAUGCCCAAAAUGUGUCCAGCUAUGCUAAUAACACUGAUGGAGUUGGACACCGUUCCCCGUCUGGGAUACCAUCUGAUGUGCUGAGGUCUCAGUGAGCCUACCCGUUCCACCAGCCUGGGCUUCCUCACCCCUUUUAUGCUGUGCUAGGUCCUCAAGCCUUUGCAAGAGCACAUACGCACAGCUUGAUUCAAUGGUGUCUUCUCCUGAGGAUGGCACAGCACACCAGGACAGCAGGAUUCCUCAGAUGGGAAUAGAACUUCGAGACAGGAUCAGACGAGUGUUUUCUCAGUUUACAGGGUAGACAGGACUGGAACUAUUUCUGCAGCUUCUGGGAGCCUGAUGCUAAGCAAUGUGACAACAUAAAUCUGGAAACAUUAUUGCUGUUGGAAACAACUGGAAAAUGCCCCUGUGCAGUGAAAACCGUACCAGUUGUGCUGUGUCUGAGGAUCUUUGUCAAUAUGGAGAUGGAGAUUUCUCAGGGGACAUAUUUUCACUUAUUCACACCUUCUACUGUGGCAAAAAUGGACUAUUUUCCUCACCGAAAACCAGCAGUAUGAUGCCCAUCUGAUACAUGCCUCAAGGAACUCCUAUUUAAAAUCUGUUGAAAAUGGAUGUCUUGUAGCCUACCAACAAAUCCUGCUACUGCUGCGUGUGUGGCAGCACUUCUACAUGAUCACAUGACUCUUGAUAUGGACGCGGUCCUGUCAGACUUUGUUCGGUCCACAGGGGCAGAACCAGGUCUGGCAAGAGACCUGCUGGAAGGCAAAAACUGGGAUUUGACCGCUGCUCUGAGUGACUAUGAGCAGCUCCGACAGGUACACACAGCCAACCUGCCACAGGUGUUUAAUGAAGGGAAGUACUACAAGCAGCAGGAAAGAGACCCAUCCCAACAGGUGAACAAGACUGAACGACCAAGUCUGCAGAGACAGGAUGACAUUGCUCAAGAAAAACGACUCUCCAGAGGUAUUUCUCAUGCCAGCUCAGCCAUAGUCUCCCUUGCUCGAUCACAUGUAGCAAAUGAAUGCAGCAAUGAACAGUUUCCUUUGGAGAUGCCUAUAUACACAUUCCAGCUACCAGAUCUUAGCGUGUAUAGUGAAGAUUUCAGAAGCUUCAUUGAACGUGACUUAAUCGAACAGGCAACAAUGGUUGCUUUGGAACAAGCAGGUCGACUGAACUGGUGGUCCACAGUGUGUACAAGUUGCAAACGUCUUCUUCCAUUGGCUACAACAGGUGAUGGAAACUGCCUCUUACAUGCUGCCUCAUUAGGGAUGUGGGGAUUUCAUGACAGGGACCUUGUGUUACGUAAAGCACUCUACACCAUGAUGAGAAGUGGAGCUGAAAGGGAAGCACUGAAGAGAAGAUGGAGAUGGCAACAGACACAACAGAAUAAAGAGUCGGGUUUAGUUUAUACAGAAGAAGAGUGGGAACGAGAAUGGAAUGAACUGCUUAAGCUGGCUUCAAGUGAACCUCGCACUCAUUUUGGCAAAAAUGGAGGCACUGGUGGUGGAGUUGAUAAUUCAGAAGAUCCAGUGUAUGAGAGUUUAGAAGAAUUCCACGUUUUUGUCUUAGCACAUAUAUUGAGAAGACCAAUUGUUGUUGUAGCAGACACAAUGUUAAGAGACUCAGGGGGAGAAGCAUUUGCACCUAUCCCAUUUGGAGGAAUUUACUUGCCACUGGAAGUUCCACCUAACCGAUGUCACUGCUCACCUCUUGUCCUGGCUUACGAUCAAGCGCAUUUCUCUGCUCUUGUAUCCAUGGAACAAAAAGAUCAACAGAGAGAACAAGCGGUGAUCCCUCUGACUGACUCUGAACACAAGUUACUGCCUUUGCACUUUGCAGUUGAUCCUGGGAAAGACUGGGAGUGGGGAAAAGAUGACAAUGAUAACACCAGACUGGCCAGCUUGAUUCUGUCUCUGGAGGCAAAGCUUAAUCUCCUGCACAGCUACAUGAAUGUAACUUGGAUACGCAUACCAUCUGAAACACGGGCCCCUUUGGCCCAGCCAGAAUCGCCCACCGCUUCAGCAGGGGAGGAUGUUCAGUCUCUGGCCGACUCAAUGGACUCAGACCGAGAUUCCAUCUGUAGUAAUUCAAAUGGCAGCAAUGGCAAAAAUGGUAAAGAAAAGGAAAAAGACAAACAGAGGAAAGAUAAAGACAAAAACAGGACGGAUUCAGUUGCCAAUAAACUCGGAAGCCUCAGUAAAACUCUAGGAAUUAAGCUGAAAAAGAAUAUGGGUGGGCUGGGAGGGCUAGUGCAUGGCAAGAUGAACAGAGCAAACUCAGGGAAUGGGAAAAAUGGCGACAUCACAGAAAAAGUCAAAGAGAAGAAGUCGAAGUCUCGCAAAGGGAGCAAAGAGGAGUCUGGACAGUCUGCGAGCACAUCUCCAUCUGAAAAGACAACUCCCUCUCCUACCGACAAGGCGAGCAUUUCACCUGCCGAAAAGAUAAACACGAAAUCCCUCUCUGACAAACAGUCUGACCCGUGGAAAUACAGCACCGAUGUAAAGCUCAGCCUCAACAUUUUGAGAGCUGCCAUGCAAGGAGAACGCAAGUUUAUUUUUGCUGGCCUCCUUCUAACUAGCCAUAGGCAUCAGUUCCAUGAGGAGAUGAUCGGCUAUUACCUGACCAGUGCCCAAGAGCGCUUCAAUGCCGAGCAGGAACAGAAGCGAAAGGAGACUGAGAAAAAAGCUGUUCUCAAUGGGUCAUCUUGCAGGAAACUGGAGCAAGAAGCAUAUUCAAAAGAAAAGUUAGAAUCAUCUCCUCAGGACAGGGCAUCACCAGUCUUGCCUCAAAGCCAUACAACUCAACUGGUUUUAAAGUUUAAAGAUCGCACUAGUCCCACUCCAGGGUCAUUUUCUUCACCAAGUAAUUGUGCUAAGAAAAGUGGACCCGUUCCGGUAUCUGCCCACUAUAGCCAUACUCCACCUGUUCAAAGGCAAAGCGUUAUUCAUUUGCAUGAUGUCAACUCCAAGCCAUCAAGCUUCCAAGAUGAUAGCUAUAAGCCAGUGGUUGGCACCUUAAAAACAUGUGCCACUUAUCCCCAACAGAAUCGAUCACUGUCUUCACAGAGUUAUAGCCCAGCACGGAUAUCGGGUAUCCGUACAGUGAACACAGUGGAAUCACUGACCUACGCCAUGCCUACCGAACACAAGUCACAGACAUUUACAAAUGGGUUUAAUACCGGUGAUAUUAGAGAUUGCUUAGAAUAUGCUGAUGAGGAGGCUCCUCAGACCUGGUUGAACAAUGAUAAAAACCGAGGCAGAAGCACAGUUUCUCCAAUAUAUUCCAUCCAGCAGAACCGUUGCAAGAAAGAGAACUGUUCCUUUUAUGGGCGUCCUGAGACUGAAAAUUACUGCUCAUACUGCUACAAAGAGGAGUUAAAGCGUAGGGAGAGAGAAAGUAAGGGACACCGGCAUUGAGGAUUGUGAGGAUCCUUCCCUGACUACUUAGUUUAACCAUUUUCUUACUUGCAAAGUAAAUAGCAAUGGAUUAUGGAAAAAGGAACCCUAAAAAGGGAAUGAUGGGUAAAUAAUGUCUAACUUGUCACUUUUCUGGGGCAGUGCAGAAA